CCCAGAGAAGAAAAAACCAUGGGGAGAGCUCCUUGCUGUGACAAAACCAAGGUGAAGAAAGGCCCGUGGUCACCUGAAGAAGAUGCCAAACUCAAGUCUUACAUUGACAAGCAUGGCACUGGUGGCAACUGGAUUGCCUUGCCGCAGAAGAUAGGUCUUAAAAGAUGUGGGAAGAGCUGUCGGCUGAGAUGGUUGAAUUAUCUCCGGCCCAAUAUCAAGCACGGUGGGUUCUCUGAGGAAGAAGAUAACAUCAUCUGCAGCCUCUAUAUCAAUAUCGGAAGCAGGUGGUCUAUCAUUGCAGCCCAAUUACCAGGGCGAACUGAUAAUGAUAUUAAGAAUUACUGGAAUACAAGACUGAAGAAAAAGCUUUUGGGCAAGCAGCGGAAAGAACAACAGGCACAGAAUCGUAGAGCCGCCGCCAGCCUAAAGCAAGAGAUCAAGAGAUCAAGUAUUACUACAGACUUUCAUCUUCCUGCUGCUGGCUUUGUGAACCAAGUAAACCCUUACUGGGCACCCGAGCUUCCUGUACUGCCAGUUAUGAGUUAUCAAAUCCACGACGCUCAAGCACUUGAGGACCACCAGGCAUCCAUUAAGAACACGCUGAUCAAACUUGGAGGAAGAUUUUCUGACACCACAGAUCCUAGAUAUCCGCCGAUUGAUCACAUCUCCUCUACCUCAUCAGAUCAGUUCUAUCAGAACUGUGGUAUUGAAAAUAUGCUUACGUUUUCACCAGUAGCCAACACCAACUAUGCUCAAUUGGGUCCAAGUCCAAGUCCAAGUCCAAGUCCGACCAUGUUUCACGGGGUUGCUGAUCAUCAGAGUGAUCUAGAGGCAGAGCUAAGCGAAUUGGUUUACGGCAGCAGCCAACCUCGUCAACAAUAUGAUGGUUUGGCUGGCUUUUAUCAAAUGAAGACUUUGAAUAAUGGUAGCACUGGAGGGACUACCAGUACUUCUGCAGAGAGUGAAAUUAGUUGGGGAGACAUAAACUCCCUGGUUUAUAGUACAACAACUCCGAUGGUUUCUGACUACGAAAAUAGUUGUCAACAAGGCGUGCGGCCAUCAGAUUCUGCAUUUGCCGAGUCCACCUAUUUUGCCAUGAAAUAUCAACAUUAACGUACAUGGUUUGGGUGUAGUCGAUAUGUAUAUUUAGACCAUGAGGGUUUAGGUACCUGAAUUUCAGAAAGCCAUCAUGGAUUGAGGAUAUCAGUAGAAUGUGUUUACUUAAUUUGCAGUCUCUACUCUAGACAUUCAAUUCAACAAUCUUUUAACAGCUUUAGUUUCUCUCAGUU